UCUCAGAAUGUUGGUGAAAGUUUGACCGAAUCGGAGUUGUUGACGGUUUCCUCUCGCUCUUCUUGGACUUCUCAGAUUGUGUUUCCUUUCGCGAUGAGUUGUUGUCAUUCCAAGAUCCCUUGACCGGACUUGAGAGCUCGUGAUGGGGGAUCGGACAGAAUGUGUCCAGUCCAAAGGACCGGACGCGGAACUUGGUAUAAAGAGUAAAAGGGUACCGAAUGUGGUACGGUUCUGUUGGGAGUAUUUAAAAACGGGAACUCUCUUGCUCUGGUUGUUGUGUGCGCUCUCCUGGGUUAUGUUGAGUGUGUCCCGCCUGCGGUUAACCCACGUGGAGGACAAACUGUUCACUCUUGAAUCCCGGUUCGAGCAACUGAGGAUGAGGAUUGAUCCUCCUUCAUCUGUCAAUCAUCUCAAUACUUACGUCAAAUCCAUUGUCCGACAGCGAGUAGGAUAUGAUCUCUCAACGCGGCGAUUUAGAAGAAAUAUCCUGCCUACAGAUUGCAUUUGCCCUCCAGGACGCCGUGGCAAAAGAGGUAUGAAAGGGGAACCAGGUGAUCCCGGAACGACGGGUCCUAUUGGGCCACCUGGCAAACCUGGAUUUCCGGGAGCUAUUGGAAUUGAUGGUCCUAAAGGAGAACCAGGAGAAAAGGGAGAAAAAGGAGAUAAGGGAGAAAGCGGAUUUGAUUUAUUCACAACUACGAAAGGUGGAAAAAGAUCCAUAACAAGACUACAUGGUGGCACCAUCGGCUACGCUGAGGUUAUAGCCAUUAAGGGAUUAGCUAGUGUAGGUGUCACAGUUUCACCUGGUGAUUUAUUGCUUUUAAAAGGAGAACCUGGAAGUCCAGGUCCGCCUGGUCCAUCUGGACCACCCGGACCUACGGGAUUGCCUGGUUUUGACGGAAGAGUUGGACUGCCUGGAGAGCCGGGUCCUCCUGGUGAACCAGGAUCUUCAGGCUCCCCUGGUCCAGUGGGUCCAAUGGGUAAAGAUGGACUUCCCGGGCCUAAGGGUGAAAAAGGUGAUCGUGGAUAUAUGGGUGCACCGGGUCUUCCCGGUCGACAAGGAGACCAGGGUACUCCUGGAUUGCCUGGGACACCCGGUCUCAGGGGUAUUAAAGGAAACCAUGGUAAAAACGGAACUGACGGUGCUCCAGGACCUGCUGGCGAAAAAGGUGAAAAGGGCGAACGUGGUCUAACAACAACACUAGACGGAAACGCUUUCCCUACAGGAUUUAUAGAAGGUCCACCUGGUCCUCCCGGUCCACCUGGACCUGCUGGACCUCCAGGUCGAAAGGGUGACACCGGAAGUAAAGGUCCACAAGGCGAACACGGAGAGAAAGGGGAUAUGGGGGAGAGGGGACGACGAGGAAAAAAGGGAAAACCAGGAAAAAGUGCUCCUCCAGGUUUACCUGGGGAGACUGGACCAAAAGGUGAUCGGGGAGCUACAGGAGAAAAAGGUGAAAAGGGACAAAAAGGUGUGAUCGGUUUGCCUGGAUUUCAAGGUGAAAGAGGUCAUAUGGGUCCACCAGGUUUAGAUGGAGUUGAUGGAGCUCCCGGACCACAAGGUGCUCCCGGUCUUCCAGGUCAAUUAGGUCCUAAAGGAGAAAAGGGAAAUACUGGGGAUCUUGGACCACCAGGUUUGAUGGGACCUCCUGGAUUACCUGGACCACCAGGAAAGCAUGGAAUGCCUGGGGAAAAGGGAGACAAAGGAGAUACGUCGCCUAUCAAGUACAUAAAACAAGCCUUUGCUCCCUUUCAGUCUGACAGCCGCUACGGAGCUUUCACUAGUGAUAUGGUAGUGGGACCACCAGGACCGUCCGGCCCUCCGGGACCUCAAGGCUUACAAGGACCACCAGGAAUCAAAGGAGACAAGGGAGUUGAUGGUCAAAAAGGUGAACCAGGUGACAAAGGAGAUAAAGGAGAUCCUGGACCAAUGGGACUUCCAGGCCCUGUUGGUGUACAAGGCGACCAUGGACCUCCUGGAGCAGAUGGAAAACAUGGGCUUAUGGGACCUCCUGGUUUGGACGGAAUGAAAGGUGAGAGAGGUGAACCAGGCAGUAAAGGUGAAAAAGGAGAGCCAGGUUUACCAGGGACUGAUGGCAUACCUGGUUUGCCGGGUUUGAAAGGUGAAAGAGGAGAAGGUGGUCCACCAGGCCCUAGAGGAAAACUUGGAAAAAGGGGCGAGAAGGGUGACAAAGGCGAUCAGGGCGUUCCUGGACUGGAUGCCCCAUGUCCGUUAGGACCAGAUGGACUUCCCUUACCUGGGUGUGGCUGGAGACCACCUAGUGGGGUUGUCAUUGCCGCUCCCACAGCACCAACUCCAACGGCGUAAACAUUUCAUGGAUCUGUUAAAGGAAAACACUGCCACGCGUGAAGAAAACGUUGCAGUGCAGGACACUGUUGUGUGUUAGCUAAACUGAUUGUUGUGUGAUGUUUGUUAAACUGAUGGCCCCAAGAGAGAGAGAGAGAUGGCCGUCUCCCCAUCUUCAUUGUUAGACACUAUAAAUCAAAUGGGCUUGCAGCUUUCUUUCCAUUUCUUUCUUUUUUUAUUUAUUUUUUAGAACUGAACUCUGACUAUACCCGCUUUCCAGUCAAAACGAAUUGCUGAGUUAAAGCUGGCGACAAUUUUAGAAGGGAAAAAAAACUUGUUAUCUGUGCACUUUGUAUCGUGAACACGUACUCUUAGUUUUACUAGAUAUCGGGCAAAAAAAAAGUUCGAUGUUGUUCUCUUUCUUUCAAAUAGAUAAUAGAUAUAAUAUGGCCUGACUUCGAAAAAAAAAUAACUGCUGAAUAUUACAACAAUUUUAUGUGUGGAUGUGACGUGUUUAAUCGGAGGAUUUUACAAAAAAAAAUGACUUUAUAUCAUAAAAUUGUUGCAUCGUACUUUAGAAACAUCGUGAAAUUU